AUGGCCCAGGACCUCAGCGAGAAGGAGCUGCUCAAGAUGGAGGUGGAGCAGCUGAGGAAGGAGGUGCUGAACCCCAGAGCGCCGAUUUCCAAGACGGGCAAGGAAAUCAAGGAUUACGUGGAGGCGCAAGCCGGAAACGACCCUCUUCUCAGAGGUGUCCCCGAGGACAGGAAUCCCUUCAAGGAGAAAGGCUCCUGUCGGAUAAGCUGA